AAACAUUUUUCUAUAUUUGUAAUUCUCAGAAAUCCAGUAUGUUGAAACUUAUCCUGUUGAGUGUAUGUGUCGCAAUGGCCUGCGCAUUCUAUGACAAAGGUUAUGGUGGAUACGGACCAGGAUUUGGGGGUCACGGAGGUUACAGUAAAAUCAUUUAUGAUGGAUAUGACGGAUACGGUAAAGGAUAUGGUUAUGACGGGUACGGUAAAGGAUACGGAGGAGGAAUAAAUGAUGGAUACGGUAAAGGAUACGGUGGUUUCGGCGGAUAUGGUGGUUACGGUGAAUACGGAUAUGGCGGAUUUGGUGGUAAUGGCGGAUAUGGAAAGGGAUAUGGCGGAUUUGGUGGUUAUGGCGGAUAUGGUAAGGGAUAUGGAGGAUAUGGACACGGCGGAUAUAAUGGCGGAUAUGGACAUGGAAACAGUAUAGGAUACGGAAGUGGACUUGUUUCAGGAAAAGGGAAAAUAGGAGGUGGCUAUUGAGACAAGAGAUUUAAGUCCAGUGUUGUUUGCUGAAAAUAAAACAACAUAAGAAGACUCUAAAAUAUUUUAAACAAUAAAAGUGUAAACUGAU